AAAAAAUAUACAACAAAACAACAGCAAAGCCUCUCAUUUUUAAUGGAAGCAACACCAAUAAUAAUUAAUUUAAUCAUUCUUUUUGUUCUUAUUAUUCUUGUAAAUUCAAAGGAAUCUAAAGUUGAAGAGAACAGCAGUAACAACACUGGUGCAAAGAAAAAGGCCAACUUGUUUACGGCAGCAGAUGAAAACAAUGAUGGCAAAAUUGACAUGGAAGAAUUAAAACGAUUUGUAAACGGCCCGAAAUUUUGGAAGGCUGUUUGGGCUGUUGAGAACAGCGAAGAGGCUAUCAAUAAAUAUCGCUCUUUCUUCACUGAAGGAAAAUUGAAAAAACUGGAUAUUGAUGGAAAUGGAAAGGUUGAUGAUGCGGAGUUGAGGGGAUAUUCCUUGCAAUAUAUUAAAGAAUGGAUGGACAUUGAUCAUGAUGGCGUCAUUAGCAAAUGGGAAUUCGAAAUGAAUAUGAACAUAUUAAUGGGAGAUGGUAGCGCAUGAACAUUUUUAAGUGAAUAAUUGAAUGAUUGUUGAUUUAAAUAU